AUGGAGGAAAAUGGAAGUAUGAGUGAAAGUAACAUGCCAAAAGACUACAAAAGUGGAGGGAAAGCAACAAAUAAAACCAUUAAUAUCAAAGACAGGAAAGCUCCGGUAGAUUCUUGCUUGGAAAGUAGCAGUGGUCAAGCAAAAUUUUGUGAUGGAGGAGAUUUGCUUGGUGAGUUUCCAUGGCCUCCCAGAUCUUACACGUGUACUUUCUGUAAGAGAAAGUUCCGAUCUGCUCAAGCACUUGGUGGUCACAUGAACGUUCAUAGGAGGGAAAAAGCGAGGCUUAGACAAACAACACCCCCAAAGUAUCUUGGUUUUCUUCCUGCACACCUAAACCAUGAUCGCAACCCUAACCCUAACCCUAACAUGAUCUCAACGACUUUUGCAUUAAAGACAUCAUCGUUUCCAUCAAUGCUCCGAUCCCCUUCUUCAGUACAAACUUAUUCGUCUUCUCUUGCAUUCUCUGCUCCUAGGUUUAAUAAACUAUGUCCUUCAGCAAAAGCAAAUUUCACUGCCAUGAGAUCGCAAAAAUCCGACCUAACAGUUGAUGGCUUUUAUGAUUUUUCUCAUGAAGAAGAGAGUCUGAUUGUCAAGAAGCCAGAGAAUGGUUCGUUUGUAGACUCAAAGUUUGAUGAUUUAGAUUUGGAACUUCGACUUGGGUAUUCUUAG